AUAAUCAGUUUGAAAUGUGCUGUGAAAUAUGUAUUCGUGUUGAUGAAAGAAAUAGCAUUAGCUCGAAUCUCGUAAAUCUUCUUACUGGCUGCUUUUUGGUCUGAUACCAAAAAUAUUUGAAAACUGAUUAAAAACUUCACAUUAAAGAGCCAUUAAUAGUAUUUCUCUUGUUUUCCUUCGACAUCAGAAAAAGCUAUGCUGGUAUUUUUUCGCUAUACAUGGAUUCCGGCAUGGAUCUUGGUCUGCCAAAUUUUGAGCAGCGAGGCACAACAAGAUCGUAACAAAAUCAUUCUUGAAAAUGGAGCAUUUCAAAACAUUCUUAUCGCUAUACCCAAAGCGAUCGAAGAAGAUCCAAGAAUCAUUGAAAAUAUCAAGGACAUCUUCACAAAGGGGUCGUCCGUCUUAUUCUCUGCCACCAAUCGGAGAGUCUAUUUUGGAAGUAUAAAGAUUCUAGUCCCCCAUAGCUGGACCAGGCAGGUAGAAUAUGAGGUUGCCCAGCUGGAGGCCUAUGAGAAUGCUAACGUUAUCGUUACAGAUCAACAGUCUAAUCAUCGUCCUCGCGUUGAGAACCCAUACUAUUGUGGCGAUGAAGGACUAUAUAUCCAACUGUCCAAGACAUUCCUGAUCGACCCUGAACUGCGUCAAAAUCAAUUUGGAGAUUCUGGUAAGGUGAUUGCUCGUCAGUUUGCCAAACUCCGCUGGGGUGUUUUCGAUGAAGAUUACGUACCAGGAACUGGUGCUGACCCUUACUACCCAUCAAACGCUGUAACGGCUACUAAUGGAUUUGAAGGAACAAGAUGCUCUUCAGAAGUUCGUGGAGAUCUUCUUGAUGAGAAUACUGGAUCACCAUGUCAGACCGAUGGUAAAGGGAACUUACCCGACUCUUGUAGAUUCGUACCUAGCAAUGUCGGGCAAUCAGCUCGGGCAUCGUUGAUGUUCGCAUCUAAUAUCCACUCGAUUGACACGUUCUGCGACAGAAAUGCAGACGAGGGCAGGAAGCAUAAUGAAAUGGCUCCCAAUCUGCAGAAUCUGAACUGCGAUCAUCAGAGCGUUUGGGAAGUGAUGAGAAAAUCGAAAGACUUCAGGUUUGGAAACAGCCCUCCCUUGCCAGAGGAUACAGACACUUCACCAAACUUUAUUGUGGUUCAACCAGAGGGAACUCUUAGGAUUGUUCUUGUUUUAGAUACCAGUGGAACUAUGGAUGGGGAGCGUUUUGAGAAGAUGAUCAAAGGGGCCUUAAACUUCAUCCAGAGUGUAGUGCCUGAUGAUAAUUACGUGGGCAUCGUCGAGUUCAAUAACACAUCCAGAAUUAAUUCUUACAUGGUUCAAUUAACCAGUGAUUCAUCAAGGUCUGAAUUACAAUUACGGCUACCUGGGUCUGCCAAUGGCAAUACGUGUAUUGGAUGCGGAAUUAGCGACGGUAUUCAGGUGUGCAUCUUUCGCCUGUCUUUGAUAUAA